GAGGCACGUCCCGGGCAGAUGAGGCAGACUGCAGCUGAUGGAGGGCUGGUAGUGAUGUAAUGUGGCCGCUCUGGUGACUACGGAUGGCUGUUUGCGCCAGGCUCUGCGGAGUGGGUCAGUCUCGGAGGUGCCGGAGGCGUCAGCGGAACAACCAGCAGGACCAGGGCAGCGAUUCCGACAUGGACGAGGAGGAAGGGGAGAGGAUUGUGGGCCAGAGGCAAGGGGACGUCUGCGGCGGAGGCCCGGAGCGCGGCGCCGCCGCCGCCACUGCAGGGCCGAGUGACGCUGGUGAAUAUGGCAGCGGUCAUGUCAACAGAGAGGGCUCCACGGGACCUCCACACCCGCAGUGCUUAGCGGAGCUGCCCCCGGAGCUUUUGGUGGAAAUAUUCUCUCUGCUCCCCGGAACAGUUCUGCCAAAUGUCGCGCUCGUCUGCAAGAAAUUCAGACAAAUCCUCAACACGGAAACCAUCUGGAGGAGGCGGUGCAUGGAAGAAUUUGGCAUGAAGGAGGAUUUGAGGAAGAUGGAAGCGGGAGGAGUGUCCAGCCAGGAUCUUUAUGUGAAACGUGUCAACCCGCGGGUGAAGUCUGGGCGCUUUAUGAAGCUCCUCCCGGACUACGAGCAUAUGGACUAUAGAGAUGUAUACACACACUUGCUUCACCCAUACAGGCAUAUCCUGGGCCUAUGGCAGCCAGAUAUAGGCCCUUAUGGUGGAUUGCUCAAUGUUGUGGUUGACGGGCUGUUCAUCAUCGGAUGGAUGUAUUUGCCCCCUCAUGACCCCCGUGUUGAGGAUCCCAUGAGAAGACGGCCGCUCUUUCGCAUCCACAUGUGGGAGAGCAAGAAGGCCACCGUGGAGUGCAUGUACGGACACAAAGGCCCACACAAAGGAGACAUACAGACGGUGAAGAAGGAUGAAUUUUCAACUAAAUGCAACCAGACUGAUCAUCAUCGGAUGCCGGGAGGCAGACAGGAGGAGUUCAGGACAUGGUUGGAGGAAGAAUGGGGCCGGACUCUGGAGGAAAUCUUCCAUGAACACAUGCAGGAGCUCAUCCUGAUGAAGUUUAUAUACACUAGUCAAUAUGAUAAUUGUUUGACGUAUCGAAGAAUCUACCUGCCUCCUGCGAUGCCCACAGACCUGCUGCAGCCAGGCUUGUUCAAGGGCACCUAUGGCAGUCACGGCCUGGAAAUUGUCAUGCUCAGUUUCCACGGGACGUCCGCCAGGGCGACGAAGCUUACAGGAGACCCCAACGUCCCCGCCGGGCAGCUCACCCUGGACGUGGACCUGAGUCGGCCCGUGGUCCUCCCCGAGCUGGAGAAGCAGCGCAGCAUCGAGGAGCUGUCCCGACUGGUGGCGGGAGUGCAGAGGGAGGUGGAACAGCAGGCGGGCGGCGCGUCUUCAACAGCCAGACGUGCAGCGGAAGGGCCCAGCGGUGGCGCCGGUGCAGCGGAAGAGAUGGCGGCAGACCACGGUGCCUGUUCAGACGGCUGCCAGCCGGGCACCAGCAGCAGCAGCAGCAGCAGCAGCAGCAGCAGCAAUGAAACGCAGCCCUUCGUCCUGCCUCUAGGGGUCAUGGCUCGCAAUGAGGUGUACCCUCGCACCUGCAGGAAAUGCUUCUACGGGACAGGCCUGAUUGCUGGGCACGGCUUCACGAGUCCGGAGCGCACCCCGGGGCUCUUUGUUCUGUUUGACGGGGACCGCUUUGGUUUCAUCUGGCUGGAGCUGAAGUCUUUUAGUCUUUACAGCCGCCUGACGGACCACCUAGCCCACGCUCACGCUCCAAACAUGGAGCGAUUCGAGGCCAUGCUGCGCAACAUGCAGUCCUGGACAUCCUGAUGCACCAAGCUUUAAGUCUCUCUUGCACCACGCAAGACAUAUUAACAAUCAUUCGACACGAAUCAUCUCUGUCCUCCACAGACACCACCGCCACGCUAGCUCAUGACCUGAACUCCCCCGGUUCUGUCUAUAACUGCGCUGGGUUUUGCAUAGUUACAUCAGCGUGACCUGGCACACUCUCGGGUCCGUUCCCAUGCAGGCACUCUGAAAGACGUCCCACAGGUGUCGCCACGCCUCAGUAUGACCUUAACCCUGUUGUGCAGCAUGAUAACAGCUCACCUGAAAAGUUUUAUUUAUUUAUUUAUCCCCUGCAGGAAAAGGAAUGAUACCACUUAUUAUGGAUCAAACUGUAUGUGCCUCUGAAACCAUGUCUGUACUUGGUAGUGCUUGAAAAAGAAAAUGGAGUCUCAUGUAUUCUACUAUAUGAUAGUAUUAUACUGAUUUCAGUGCCCAUCCUAUUAAACUGCAUGCUGCGUUUUAUUUAGAUUGAGUCACAUUACACUCAUAACCACUAUCUGAACAUGUUUUACCUUCACAAAGCAGCAUGCGCCGCUUUUCACUUUCGUUUUUUUUUUUUUUUUGACUUAAUUGAGACAUCAAAAUUUAAAAGAAGACAGCAUCUCAGGUGUUAUUUCCUCUUUUCCACAAGUCAGUUAAAAACAGGACAAAAGUAUUUAUGUGUAUAGCAAAAAUGUAUCUACUUACAUUUGUUGUAUUGAUUUGUUUAUUAGAAAUACUGAGGGAGUUUUUCCAACUGUGUAAUUUUCUAACUCUUGACCCACUGUCUUAUCAAACACUGUAGCAACAUCAGCCCUUUGAACUUCAGAAAGAUUUGAUUCACUGACACACGCCUCGGUCCAUGGUCCAACAUCAGACAUACCUAAUAUCACCACACCCAACCAACUGUGUAACUUGGAGAGCUGUAUUGUAUUGCAAUAGAUUAACAUAACCUAUACAUAAGCUGGAUUUUUAAUCAAAGUAAUGAAAUUAUACUGUUCACGUGCUUCUGUAUUUAUGGUCUGAAAUCAAAUCUUUUCUCACCUUUAAAAAUGUAGUGCAUUAGUUGUUUAAAUGGCUGACACAGUGUUUGCCUGGCUUUAUACCUGCAAAAGCUGUUUCCUUCCAGUUUUCCUAUUUAUUUUGAACUUGAGACAAAGCUAGCUGAACAUUAUAAAGACUAACGGCUCAAAGUGCAUCUCAGAUUACCAAGUGAGUGUCUGUGCGUCUCAUUAUGGCCUGGUAGUAUUGCCCAGUAGCUUUCCUACUCCAAGUGCACUUUUCUGGGCAGCUUUGUGAAUUAUUCAAAUACUACUGGCCAGCACUUUUAUAUCAGACUGCAGCUUUACAAAUAUUUGCAAAAAAAAUAUAUUAAAAAAAACAGCUGAAACAUCUUUGGGUUUAUUUAUGCCAUAUUUUAUCAAUUUAAUCUCAAGUUCAGUAUAUUUGUUUUCUACAGUUGCCCUUUCUGUAAACCCAGCUAUUUUAGUUAUUUGCCUUUUGGGAGUGUUGCUUUGUACUAUUUUAAAUGCCAUAUGCCUGAUUUUGAGGAAAACAAGACCUAUUGAACUGCUCACAUCAGACUUCAGGGAGCUUUUCAGCUUAAGCGCUCUUCUCAGUAAUAAAAAAA